AACUCUUCUACCUGUGCAAGGUGGCAGUGGGCGGGGCUUAAGUGAGAAGCCUGAACACUUUUAACCAGCUGGGAUUCGAACCCUCGCCAGAACCGAACCGUCUGUCUCACAUUAAAAGGGACUCAGCUGCAGUCAUUUCAGGUCCAGUCAGGUUCUGGCUUCGGUACCAUCAAGUGUGUUCUUCGGAAUCGGAGCCGAACCACGGUGACGUCAGAGUAGUGCGUGUGCGCGCGCAGUGCCAGCUGCGCGCUCCCAGUCAACCAGGAAGUCGACUCCCGGACGGACCCGCGUCAGGACUCAAGAACCGCGUCUGUCCCGCCUUCUCCUGAGGUCCACUGGGACGCAGUGCAGUGGACAUGAUGUCUGGAUAACCGUCAGCCCGACCCAGAGCUUCAUCCAGACCGUCCAGACAUGGCGCAAAUUCCUCCGGGGGUCCGACUGCUGGCGUCCCUCAACAAGGACCAGUGGUACAGAGCUCUGACCUUCGUCCUCACCUUCCUGCUGUACACCAGCUUCCACCUGUCCAGGAAACCCAUCAGCAUCGUGAAGAGCGAGCUUCACAAGAACUGCUCGGCCAUCAUCACGUCCAGAGACCAGGAUCCGUCCUCGCUGCUGCUCCGCUCCAGCUCGGACUGCAGCUGGAAACCUUUCGACAAGAAGAACUACAAGCAGCUGCUGGGAACCAUGGACUACUCCUUCCUGUGCGCCUACGCCAUCGGCAUGUACCUCAGCGGCAUCAUCGGCGAGCGGCUGCCCAUCCGGCUGUACCUGACGGCGGGGAUGCUGAGCAGCGGCGUCUUCACCUGCCUCUUCGGUCUGGGUUACAUCUACAACAUCCACAGCCUGAGCUUCUACAUAUUUGUGCAGGUGGUCAACGGCCUGGUCCAAACCACUGGCUGGCCUAGUGUGGUGACCUGCAUCGGGAACUGGUUUGGGAAAGGAAGGCGAGGACUCAUCAUGGGGGUGUGGAACUCCCACACCUCUGUGGGGAACAUCCUGGGCUCGCUGAUCGCCGCUCACUGGGUCUCCUCCAACUGGGGGCUGUCCUUCAUCAUCCCGGGACUCAUCAUCAUGGCCAUGGGGGGGGUCUGCUUCCUCUUCCUCAUCGAACAUCCCAACGACCUGCGGACCAUGAACGCUCAGUCUCCAGGUGUUCAGAGCGUUCAGACCAAAUGCUGGAGUGGAGCCAAAGGACACACACAGGUGUACCUGCAGUACAAGGACAACAAAACCCAGAGUUGCGACACGGAGCUGCUGCUGCCUCAGGAUGACACCUGCAUCCCCGCGCAGCCCGUCAUGGUGGUGAAGAGCGGCGCCGAGCCCUCCGCCAUCAGCUUCAUGGGCGCGCUGCGGAUACCAGGCGUGGUGGAGUUCUCUCUGUGUCUCCUGUUUGCUAAGCUGGUCAGCUACACCUUCCUUUUCUGGCUGCCGCUCUACAUCACUAAAGCAGCUCACCUGGAUGCAAAGAGAGCCGGCGACCUUUCCACUCUCUUUGACGUUGGGGGAAUUGUGGGCGGGAUCCUGGCAGGUGUGAUCUCAGACAAACUGGGAAAGAGGGCCACCACGUGCGCAGUCAUGCUGCUGCUGGCCGCCCCCACACUCUACGGGUUCUCCAUGAUCAGCCAGUUCGGUUUGGGUCCAACCAUCGGGAUGCUGCUGGUCUCUGGAGGUCUGGUGAACGGCCCGUACGCCCUCAUCACCACCGCGGUGUCUGCCGACCUGGGAACCCACAAGAGCCUGAAGGGAAACGCCAGAGCUCUGUCCACCGUCACCGCCAUCAUCGACGGGACCGGGUCUGUAGGUGCAGCACUGGGCCCCCUGCUGGCGGGGCUGCUGUCUGCCAGCGGCUGGGAUAAAGUCUUCUACAUGCUGAUGACAGCCGACUUCCUCGCCCUGCUGUUGUUGUUGCGUCUCGUGACGAAGGAGAUGACGUCGUCUAAAUCUGGUCCGAUUUCUCCAGUGGAGCUGAAGAAACACUGAUCCGAGCUGCCGGUCCGGACCGUCCUCUCCUCAGCCCGCUGACCAGAACCUGUGGACACAAACCGGGCUUUUCUUCUUGAAGCUGGACUCAGUAGAACCUCUGAUCCGUUCGUGGAGUCUUCCUCUGUCUGUGAUGAAGAAGCUGCUGUACCCCCCUCCCCCGCUGAAGGUGGUUCUGGUUCCGUUCGUGGACUUGUGCCGGUCCUCCUCAGAAUCAGGGAUGAAAGGAUUCGUUAAUUUUUUAUUUAUUGUGGUCUUUUGUUAAUUUAUUGUGGAUCUGUCCACACCAAUCAUGAAGGUUGUGGGCGUAACCUGUGAGGUCACUUCCUGUGAGUGCUGAGACGCCGUGCUGUCUCACGUGCACAGACUCGUGCGCUUGUGUGCCUUGUUUGUUGUUGGUUUUCUGACUUUGCACUUGAUUUCUGUUUACAAAGACCCAUAGUGGGCGUGGUCAGUUUCUGGGAACAAAUAAAUGUGGCCUUUCUCCUC